AUGGAAAUAUUGGGGGCAACAGCUGCAAGCUUGCAGCUUGCCGAGCAAACCUUGAAGAUUGCCCAGUUUCUCUGUGAUUCCAUAUCAAAGCUCAGAAACGCUGCUGACAUUCAGGAAAAGCGUCUCGAGAGGGUCUCGCGCCUUACAUCUCUGCUCCAUGCAAUCAUCUGCCAUAAGGUCUUUCAAACCCAUCUCGUCGAAGGGGAGCUCUCCCAUUGCCUCCGAGAUGUUAGUCAUCUGCGGGAUAUCAUUGUCAAGCUAGACACUCCUCCCACUGCUAGCAAGUGGAAGAGGUAUCCCAAGAGACUACUUGGGCUGUUGAAAGAUGAUGAAAUCGACAGGUGUUUUGUCGUGCUGGAGAGGGACAUGGGCUCUCUGGCAAUAGCGUUGCAAAAUGCGGAUGCACAACUGCUCAGUGACAUAGGAAUUGAACUGACCUCGAUGCACGGCCAUGUGAUCAGCAUGUCAAUAGCCGUGGAGAAGAUCGCAAACGGGGUUGAGAAAACAUCCGGCGCCGUACCCCAGAUGCUAGAAAAGCUCGAUAACCUUGAUGCGGCCCUAUCAAGAUUGAAUGUCUCCGAAGAGGCUCAACCACCCAGGUUCAUUAACUUUCCAUAUCAUCAAGUCAAGGACUUUGUGGGCCAAGCUGAAAUCCUUGCUGCCAUGCGCAGAUGCUUGAGCAAUGAAGCCCACGAUUCUGGACCAAGAUGUAUCAUUCUUAGGGGUCUGGUAGGACAAGGAAAGACCUCUUUGGCGAUCGAAUAUUGCCGGCAAACUUUGGACCAACCAUAUCAAGCCAUCUUGUGGAUCGAUGCAAGUUCUCAAAGCUCUAUUGAUUACCACUUGACUGUUUGUGCAGAGCAGAUUCUGGGUCCACAUGAUUCCAUGCCUUCAACUUCCGAAGGGAAAGCAUUUGUUAUCUUUCAGAAGCUUGCAGUUGGGAAAGUUCCAUGGCUGGUAGUGUUUGAUAACUUAGACGGGCCUCGAUCUGUGCCCAAGUUUCACAAGUACCUUCCAUCGUCAGCCAACGCCUCUGUCAUCAUCACAACCCGUCGUCAGGACGUUGUGAAUCUCAUCUCGUGUGAAAGUUCAAUAGAACUCGGAGCCAUGAACCAAGAGGAUGCACUGGAACUUCUACUACAAGCCUCCAAAACCACUCUACCCAAGCGACAGGACCGUCAAAGUCUUACCGCUGCCCGUCAAAUCGUUGAAGCUCUUUGGAAGAAUCCGCUUGCUAUCGUCCAGGCGGGCUCGUACAUCAAUCGCUCACGACUGGACUUUGCCGCCUUCUCGGAUUUACGUGAGGAUCGGGCGAAGCUUCUUCUCGCAAAGUCAUCGACAAUAGAGUACUUCAACACCCAGGAAGGCUCCGACAUACCCAUAGCUAUCACACUUCUCACGGCCUGGGAUCUGACUCUCAGCCAGCUCGAGAAUGAGGCGGGACGGGGUCCAAGAGCUCAUAAAGAUGACCUGUUGAAUCUGUUUGCCUACCUUCCAUCUCGGAACUUCUCAGAAUCAUAUCUCGUAUCAUUUUGCUCCAUAAUGGAGCCGUGGGGCACGAGUGAUAGCAUGGCGAAAGAGCCGGGUUCAUUUCUUGCAUCAUGUCUCCAAGCCUGGGACUCGCGUGCAUUCUCUGACAUCUUGGCAGAAUUCCACGAUCUUGGGCUCAUACAACAGUAUAAGCUUGACAAGGAUGGAUUUUAUGUCGGGGAAAUACCGGACAUGGUUCAGGAUUGCGUGCGUCUUCGGCUUCCUUACGAGACCAGGAGUAAAUAUGAACGACUAUUUACUGAUAUCAUUCUUCACUCCGAUGAGUCACCGAGGCAGCCAUUGAGACAUGGAACUAACCUCGAAGACUCGCGAGAUACGGUCGUGCACCUCAUUGAGUCAUGGGGCAUGCCUCCGUGGGAAGAACAAGUCGCCGAGCUUGUGCUCAAAAUCUGGAAUUCGGGCGAUGAAUAUGGCUUCGAUCUCGCCAAAGAAUGCCCCAGUCUCUCUGAGGUGAUGGAGGAUCUGGCCUCAGAGGUUUUAUCAUUCCAGUCGUCUUUGAAAGACACACAUUCUUUGGAUAACUUGAGGAACAAGAUCAUAUGCGUGGCUCAGCUCAUCCCUACGGGAGUUGAUCAAGAGGCCAUCGAUAACUUCAUCCUGCAUCUAGAAAGUGAAAGUGAGGGAUGGAGUGGCUACACGGAGACUUUACUCGCAGACGUGGCCAAGUGGUUGUUGCCAGUAAUCAAGGUCGUCGGCCCGCUUUCUCCAAGCUUUAUUAACCUUAUACGCUUCAUGGGUAAUAUUCUCAUUUCCCGAUCGAGACGCCAAGACGUUAUUCAAGGUUUCCAACUGUUGAAGGGCGCAUUCAUAGCCAUAAAGUCUCAAAGGAACUCUUCCCCGGUUGAGGUUGAGUGCUUGGAUGCCCUUUGUCAGGCUAGUAUUGCCUGCGGAGAGUAUGAGACGGGCGAAGUAUUAGCCAGGAUCCUCAUCGGCCGUUACAUCUGUGAGGACGAGGGAGGAAGAUUGCCAUACGCAAUGAUUCACCUCGGGAUAUGCUUGUACUUCAUUGGGGGUAAGGAUAGGGAGGCUGUCAAUGUCCUCGAGGAAGCAUCGAACAGUUUUACCGUGAUCCUGGGAGACACCCGCCAUGACAAACUUAGGUGCGAUGUGCGCCUCGCCUGGGCUUUGCCUUGGAUAAAUGAGCCGAGGCGAGCUCUCGGCGUCGCGACCAAGGCCUUGCGAACCGUUCGAGAGCACUACGAGAGCAUCGACACUUACCCCGCUCAAUGGGUCGAGUGGCAAUGCCUAGGCGUGCAGGCAUUCUGCCAAAACAGGAUAGGACAGUCAAGCCAGGCAAUUCAAACCAAAAGAGAGGAGCUUUCCUGCAGGAGAAGGAGUGAUAGAGAUAAGGGAGACUAUUAUGAAGAGCUUUUGAGGUUUGCCUACAUGCUUUUGAAAGUUAACCAGCUACAGGAGGCUAAGACUGCGGUAGAAGAAGCAAUCUGUGGACUUUUAAGGCUAGGUUAUCGAGAGAGUGAUGAGCUCAUGUCUUAUGCUUAUGGUGUUUCCCGGGCAGUACAUAGUCACUAA